CUCUAACGCUGUUUUCAAACCGACCCUAAAUCUAUUGCGGAGUAUUUAUUUUAUCAACCAUGCUAGGGUACACCAAAGAAAUGUACCUACAUUUUAACGGUUCAAACUGAUGAAAAAUGUUAGUUCAAUUAAAAAAUGUAUAUUGACAUUUUUUGUCAGUGUAAAUCAUCACACUAAUAUCACACUAGUACAAAAUAUCAAUGUAUGCCUUUGGGUAGAAAAUAAGCCAUUCAUUAAAUUAAAGAUCCACUUUUCUUGGACAGUGAUACCGUAUAAACAGUAAGAAACCAUGGACCAGAAGAGUUGGCUUUGGAGAAACAACAAAUCCCCUGAAAAAAGAACAGUUGCAGAUGACAAAUCUGGUUUUCAUGUUAAAGACAAUGGGGAGGAGGUUCAACUACUUCAGAAUGAAAAGGAAAUAGUUCUGGAGGAAACGGUGAGAAGUCUCAAAGAGAAGUUAGCAUCCGUUCUAGACGAGUGCAAUGCUAAAGAUGAACUUGUCGCGAAGUUGACAAAUAUAGCAGAAGAAGCAGUGGCAGAUCACAAGAAAGCGGAGGCUGAAAUUAAGUGUUUAAAGGAAGAGGCAGAAGAAGCUGCAAAACAAAGACAGGCUGCAAAUGGAAGGUUGGCUCACCUCAACAUUGCACUUAAAGAUUGUAUGCAGAACUUAACUUUCACCAGAGAAGGAAUAAUGGAGCAAAGAGUACGAGAUGCUGCAAUGAGGACAUCCCGAGAUGUUGAGAAGGCACAUAAGACGUUGGAGGAAAUUUUGGGGGAGACAGACAAGAAGGCCGUGAAUUUAACCAUUGGGAAUUUGCACCUUGAAAAAGAGUUCCGAAGUCAAAAUAAACAGUUGAAGAUCAUGAGGUUAGAAGCUGAAAUCCAAAGGCUUCGCGUUCUGGUGCGAAAACGAAUGCCAAAGCAGAGUCGAACUGUUCUAGAAAACUUGAAGAAAGAGGAAAGCAGAGAUUCUGGAUUAGAGACUAACUUUGAACAAGCAAGGAUUGGAGUUUCAGAGAUGAGGCUAAUGGAUGAUUUUGUUGAAAUGGAAAAGCUUGUAGUAGUAACCUCUCCAAAAGAAGAUUUGAGAGCUGAAAAUGAAGACUUGAGAGCUGAGCUGAAUGAGGCGAGAUCAUCUAAGAAAGAUUUAGAGGCAAGGCUGCAGCUGGAGAUGGACAAAAACGAAGCUCUGAACGAGUCUAACCGAAUAAUGGAGGACGUGAUCGAAAACCAGAAGUGGGUAAACGAAGACCUUGACACGCAGCUCAAUGUGACGAAAGCUAAACUGAAUGAAUCCCUCCAAAAGAUGUCUUCACUUGAAGUGGAACUAGAGGAAAAAAUUCGCCUCUUUGAAGAGCUCGAAGGCACAUGUCUUGAGCUCCAACUUCAACUUGAGAGCAAUCACAUCAACAAGAUUCUAGAUGAGGGCUUGCAAAGAGAGUGUCAAAAGACCAUCCUAACCCUCAGCACGCCAGGCGAAGAACCGACCACAGUUGACCCGUGUGCUUCCAACAACAAGACUGUCAUGCGCCGUGCAUCUCUGCGCGAUCAGAUGUUGUUCGAGGAUGAAGCUAAAGAUGCAGUAGAAAUCCCGGCAGCAGACAAGCGUUCUUUUUUACAACCUGAUAAUGGUUGCAAUGCAAUUUGUACAUUCAAAUCCACGCCUCUUGGAGCUUAUCGUGGCUUGAAGCACAGAGGAGGAAUUUGGUUUCUCAGAAAGUUAUUUCUUAGGAGAAAGAAAAGAUGUGAAAAGAGAACAUCUCAUGCCUUUACAGUGAAACAUGGCAAAUAAGAGAGGUUGUGAUCUGUAAGGGUAAAAUAUUCUUUUAGCUGUAAAAAGGGCAAAUAAUAUUUCCAUCUAAGGCUAGAAGAAGAAAGAAUAAGAUGGUUG